ACUGAGAAUAAAACAACACAUAAAAGCAAAAGUAACGGGGUUGCAAAGGAGCUGGUUAAAGACAUGACUAUGUGCGCUUAAAACGCGCCAAUGCGCACUUCUAAGGGAACUUCAAUAACCAGCACACAACGCCCACCGGCGCCGCUCUCAGCUGUUUCUAAAUCAGGCGCUGCUCUCUUGACGGUCCUGUUGACGUCAGAUCAGAGGCGCUAUGAUUGGCUAACAUCGGCGCCCGUCAUUUGGCUGCGCCCGAAAGUCCAUCCCUCCUCAUUUACAUAUGGUUGUCAGUUUCCGGUAGGAUUCUUCGGAAGCAUGGCUGCUAUCGGGGUGCACUUCGGAUACACAUGUGCCUGUGUUGCGGUAUUCAAGGAUGGACGAGCAGAUGUUGUGGCCAAUGAUGCAGGGGACAGAGUUACUCCAGCUGUGGUCGCAUACAGAGACACCGAACAGAUAGUGGGAAUCGCGGCUAAACAGGGCCGAAUACGAAAUGCCACCAAUACGGUUGUCAAAGUUAAGCAGAUCCUUGGCAGACGCUUUGAUGACCCAGAUGCUCAGGCACACAAAGAAGAAAGUAAAUGCAUUGUUGUCAACAAGAGUGACCUGCCCAGAUAUGAAAUCGACACGGGAGAGACAACAAAGUAUGUGUCGCCUGAAGAUGUAGCUAAAUUGAUCUUCCAUAAAAUGAAAGAGACGGCUCAGUCAGCCUUGGGUUCGGAUGUGAAAGAUGCUGUCAUAACGGUGCCUUUUGAGUUUGGAGAGAUGCAGAAGAAUGCACUAAGGCAAGCUGCAGAAAGUGCCGGGUUCGACGUGUUGAGGCUGAUACACGAACCCUCUGCUGCUCUUCUAGCUUAUGGCAUCGGACAGGACUCAUCAUUGGGAAAAAGUCAUGUCCUGGUGUACAAACUGGGAGGCACGUCGCUAAGCGUCACCGUCCUGGAGGUGAACAGUGGGAUGUACCGUGUCCUCACGACACAGACCGAUCACAAGACGGGAGGAGAGAGCUUCACACAUGAGCUCGCACAGCACCUCGCCGGCGAGUUCAAAAAGACUUUUAAACAGGAUGUGACGGGAAACCCGCGGGCGAUGCUCAAGCUCAUGAAUGGUGCUGAUCUGGCCAAGCACACUCUCUCCACCCUGAAUAGCGCCAACUGCUUUGUGGACUCGCUUUAUGACGGCAUGGAUUUUGAGUGUAAUGUGUCCAGAGCCCGGUUUGAGCUGAUAUGCUCCAGCCUCUUUACUAAGAGCAUUCAGCCAAUUAAAAGUCUCCUCGAGCAAGUAAACCUGUCCACCUCUGAUAUCAACAAGGUGGUUUUGUGCGGAGGAUCAGCUCGUAUCCCGAAGUUGCAACAGAUGAUCAGGGAUUUGUUCCCAGACGUGGAGCUACUGAACUCCAUUCCCCCGGACGAGGUGAUUCCGGUCGGUGCUGCCAUGCAGGCGGGCAUCCUGGUCGGAAAAGACAGCCUGGCACUCGGAGAAGAUUCCAUCACUGUGGAUUGCUGUGCCAGCGACAUCACGGUUAAGGAAGUGGAUGACUCCGGAGCGGAGGUUUUCACAGUUUUGUUUCCAUCUGGCACACCUCUCCCUGCCCGCUGUCAGCACACGCUGCAGGGUCCUGGCAGUCUGUCGUCAGUGAGUCUGGAGCUUUUCCAGGCACAGCAGCCAAUCGCACAGAUUGUACUUAGAGACUUGGAGCCUAAAGAGGAGCUGCAUGACUUUGUGACUGUGCUGACAAUGAAGAGAGACGGUUCACUGCACGUUACGUGCACAGAGACGGGAAGCGGCAGAUCUGAGGCCAUAACCAUAGAAACAGCUGCUGCUGCAGCAUCUUAACCCUCAAUCACGCUGUCAACAUAAUUCCAUACAUUAACCUUAACACCUGCAUCUCAUGCUGUUUGAGGUUUUCCAUUGCUCUAGAUUCCUCUAGAGAUUACCCAAACAAGAACUUGAACAUGUUUGCUUCAGUUCAAGGAAUGGCUCACCCAUAAAGGAAAAUGAUUUGCUUGCUCUCAUGUUUCCAAAAGGAUGGACCAGGAAGUGUUGGUUUGGAAUAUGAGGGUAAGUAAAUAAUGACUUUUUCAUGUAUGGGUGAGCUAUCCUUUUAAAUGAAUAUCCAGUUUUAUAGCUUUUGCAUUUUUUUUUUUUUACCUGCAGUCAUUUUGUUCAUGCCUGUUGUCUGACCAGCAGGUUUACUGUAGUUGUUCUUACCAUGUGCCUUUAUGUACCUACAACACACCAUUUGAUUAGUUAUGAGUUCAUGUGACAGGCAUGAUUGGUGGAUUUAGGGAAACCUGUGGAGUUUGCUGAUACCAUUUAAAGCAUGCACAACCUCAGAACUGAAGAGUUUCACUUUGUAGACUGAGAAGCAGGUGGUGUUGUACAGGGAAGAGAUGUCUUUGUGUGGCUCACUGAUGCUAAUCUGGUGCAGUCACAGCGAGCAGGUGCAAAAUUAUCGUUUAAAAAGCUGUCAUCUGUAACUAGUAUGCAAUAAAGGUCACUGAACACAAACCCGGAGUUUAUUUUA